AUGUCCGAGCAUGGUCCAACCCUGCUGCAGAGCAAACCUCUUUCACCGGGAAUCGCAAGUGCGCAACCCUCUCCAUCUUCCUGCUCGCCAGGCAGUCCAGCUCACACAAUGAAAAUCACCCAGAAUGCAGACAUUGCUGCGACCAUUUUGGACAUGCUCAUGAUUACUGACAUCACCUCCAUCAGCCGGACUUGUCGAAUGAUGAGUCAGUUGGGCCAACAGGUUGUGCAGAGAAGGCUGGCACGCCUGUUGGUGCCUUUCAUAGGAGACCAUCUCUCCAUUUUCCUCUCAGCCUUGCGACACCUUGAUGGUGUCAUAACCGGGUCUACCAUGCGAGCCAUGGUGGGACUCGAUGAGGGCUACACUGUACGGGAUCUCAACAUCCUUGUCCCACACCAGCACUUCGACGAUUUGGAUGCCACACUCGAGCAGACCAUUGGAUUUACACCCACAUUGACCAUACCCCAUCUGGCCAUCGCACCUUCGGUUGUGCAAAGUGUCUUGCACAUUGUUCUAAGUGCCCCCACGACUGCAGACAUGGCAUUCAUGACUACUGGUGGAGUCUGCUACUUUUAUCCUGAGUGGUUUGAAGAACGAUUGGCCAUUCAAACCCGCACCGGUGAUUUGGUCCCAUGCAACCAAAAACUGGGAUGCGCCGGUGAACUGCAUGAUGUCUUUGACGUGCAGAGAGGCACUGCCUUCCUCCGGAUCCCUUGCGGCAAGCAGUGUCCCACAUACUGGCACCAUGUCGAAGACAAACACCUCCGUAUGUCAGUCGACUGGGACCAGGACGAUUCCGUGACGAGGGUUUGCCACAACAUUGAUGUUGAAUGGCGGUUGAAUACAUUGUGUGUCAAUGCACGAUGUCCUCAUUGUGUGACCGUGAUGAUGCGAAACAUUGUCACCACAGGGGCAUCUAACUGCGCAGAUGUCAAAUUCCUGCCGACACUUCCUCCAGCUGGUGGCAGACCCCCAACAUUGGAUGACCUUGAUGUGAAUUAUUGGGUCAAACAGCGCCAUGCAGCCGACUGCACAGCUACUCGCCGUCACCUGUGUCGCACCUUUACCAAAGUUCCUGGAAGCCACGUUACGUUGGACGGUCACUAUACAUUGUAUGUGGAAACCCCUCAUCCAUCUAUCCGACGCAGUCGCCUACUCAGCAGAAUGGCGUCCAUGAGUGGUUCCCGAGAAACCUUUCAGGGCAGCGUGUUGGUAGUCAAGCAAAUGAAAGACACGCCAUACCACCUCAUGAAUAUGACCAAGAGAGACCAACUCCUUGCCAACUUCCUGAUAUCAAGGUCUGUCCAAGUCAUCGCCUCAGACAGGAUCGCACUGAAAAAGACCGCAGCGCCAUCCAUUCACGCACAUUUUUGUAGCAAGGGUGGACGCCACUGGAAUCAGAUGUCAUAUACAGGUCACAAUACACAAACUCGUAUUGCUGUAUGA